AUGGUUAUCAUGACGGCACAAGAGCAAGAGAGACUUGAAUUGCAACAUUACAUGCUCUACGACGUUACCAUGGAAGGCGAGCUCUUUCUGAGCCCUGGAGGCAAGCACGCGAAACGGGUCCUUGAUAUGGGGGCUGGCACCGGAACCUGGGCCAUUGGGUAUGCGCACGCAUAUCCCGAGGCGGAGGUCAUUGGCGUCGAUCUCAGUCCCAUUUUCCCCGAAUGGAUACCACGAAAUGUUCAAUUCGUGGUUGACGACCUCGAAGAUGAGUGGAACUGGACAAAACGGUUCGACUUCAUCGUGGCUCGAUUUCUCUCUCCUACCGCAUUCCGUGAUCUAGGUGACGAUCACCCUUCAAAUGGUAGCAGCGACUGCUCCUGA